AUGGCACGAUCUGAAGAAGCCGCUGCUUGGACUUAUGCUGUCUACAAUGCAGUAAGAGAAGUUCCGUAUGGGAAAGUCACAUCUUAUGGCCACAUCGCUCGCUUGCUGGGAAAGCCUGAGUGCCCAAGACAAGUGGGUGUGUCAUUGAAAGCACUUCUCUCUGCUACAGCACAGCCAGAUGCUCACUACAACAACGCGAAUGUGCCAUGGCAAAGAGUCAUCAAUUCCAAAGGUGCCAUCAGUCCAAGAGGCGCGAAUGGAGCUCGUCAGCAAGCAACUGCCAUCGAAGCUGAAGGAGUGCAAGUGACUCGAGGAUCACUCGGAGAGUACUUGAUCGACUUUUCAACCUACGGAUGGUUCCCAGACAGACUUCCCAGCGACCUCAGCGAGGAUGAUCAAGAUAACGAAGACGACGAAGAAUGA